UAUUGCCACCAAAAGAUCACCAAUUGAUGGCGAUCUGCGAGGCCGUGCGGGUCACGGAGCGCGUCUGUGGGAGGAGAGGCGGGCCUCACGGGUGCGGCGGGUGGUGAAGAGCUCGGAGGCGCUCGUCAUGGCGGGUGGGGGAGGGUGUGGCACACGUGGCGCGGUGGCGAUGGUGCGAGACUGCGAGCUCCUGUCUCCUACCGGAUGCAGCGAUGGCGAGGGCACAGCCACGGAAGCCUCAGCGCGGAGAUGGCGGCGACAGUGGGGGUACGGCGCAGAGAUGGCGUCCCUCCCCCUCCCUCUCCUCCUCGUCCUUGGCCUCUUCGUUCCUUUUGUCGAAUCUGGGAGACGGUGGCGGCGGGGACUGGGGCUCGAGGGAGAUGAUGGCAGAUCCAGGAGGAUGACGAUAACGACGGUGGCAUGCUGAGCAUUUUGGGCUGCCCACGGUUAACUUUGGAUGGCCUUAUUUCCAAUCUCAAGUCAUUUAAUACGAAUGCGGUGUUUGGAAUUAAGCACCUCAGAGUUGGAACACUCUUCAGUUUACGGAAGGAGCAGUACGAAGAGUUAUUAUCCUUGUUGAAUACCGACAAGACACAGGAGGUGCAUAAUCGGGGGCCAGAUUCCUUCAUGCUAAUCAGUUUUUAUCAGAUUGCAAUGAUGGAUAGAUAUGCUCCUGAUAUUGAGAUGUGCCCUAUUUGUCAGAACUACAAACUUGUUUAUGAUUGCCGAGAUGAAGGAUGUGAUGAUAGAGGCCGAGGUUGUGCUGUUUGCAUACUGAGAUGUUAUGAGUGUGGAAGGUGUGUAGACAAGUUGGCAUUCAAGGAGUCAUUUUCUUUGGACUGGGUUUGCCCUAAUUGUCAAGAGAAGAAGGAUCUGUCUCCCCCAAUGAAAUAGGGGUUUGUCCCCCAACGAACACUCUUCCUCUGCUAACAGAGAACAGCGUGCAAUGCUGUCAUGCAAGCCAUCUUAACGUAUCAUUUCUACUGAGAAAACAGACAAAAAAAACGAUGAGUUUGUUAUUCUUGAAGGCGCAGCCAUCCUGACAUGCUGCAUUAGCUUCUUGCAAGAAAAAGAACAAAAAAAGAGUAGUUAGUUUGAUUCAGCAAAAAAAAAAGAAAAAAAAAAGAUUGUUUCGCUACUAUCGUCUAACUGGUGACAUUUCAGAGGUGAGUUUUUCCUGAUUGCUUUGAUGUUAUACAUCCCAUUGAAUUUAGUCUUAUGUGAGAGAUCAUUUCCUAUCUUUGGUUUGGGGUUGCUUCCAAGGAUUGCUGUUCAAGAGCGGAAGCACAACGUGAACUUUACGUCAGUAUUGCAGCAGCAGCUGAUAUUCUUGGAAUGUUAAGAUCGAAGAUGAACUGCUCUCCUCCUCUCACGGUCUCACCAGAGCAAAUAGAGGAUUGCUGUAAUUUACCUUAUACAUGCGUGCCGCAAUGUUGAUGUUGUGUAAUUCUGAAAACAUUUGUCACACUACCAUGUAAUUUACAACUACUUGCAGAGAAAUAAAUGACUUCUAACCAAACUUUUGCUUU